UGGAAUUGAGCAUCACAUCAUCACGUACCAGUACUCAAGCCAAGUUCUUGAAACAGAUCGAUGUAUCACCAAGAGGAAGAGGACACGGGUUUAUGCACUAUAUGAAAUUAUGAACACACAAAAACGCGUAAACCGACCUGAUUAGGAUCUCUGAACAAGCUAUUCUGCCAACUCAAUUGUUCUGACAUUGGGUGAAAACAGCGCUGCGAUUGGCAUCCAAGCUUCCCAUCAUUGCUGGUAUGUUCUUUCAGAGGUCAUUGUUUAUGCAUAUACCCAAGGUGCAGUGCAUUUCACCAUCUUGAUCCUUGCAACGCAAAUCCUUCUGGAUCCCAACUAGGCUGUCGUUUCUUGUGGCCAUGGCUCCGGUUCAUCCUUGGCCUUCUCUAGACAGAUGCCUCCCAAUGAUUGCCAUCAGAAGAGGGAUGGAUUAGUCAGUCGGGUCCUGUCAUUGCCAAUCCAAGUGUCCGUUCAUUGCAAGAACAGCUCAUGUCAAUGCUCUCCACUCAUCAUUGGUGGAGACAGUCUGACCUUCAUCACGCUGAUUAUUGGAUAACGGUGCUCUUUACUAAAAAAAUGGAGUUAUUACCUGAUCACUACAUCUGAAACUAGGACUUUUAGUUACAGUCUCUGAAAGUGAAAAUACUGUAUCUGAACUGCUGUGCCAGUAAGUAAAACUCAGAUAACUCCACACCGAGUGACCGAUAUUGGCACCAGUGACAGCAGUAUUUUAUUGCUGAAUGCUGUAACAAAACAAUAUGUGAUCCUAGUGCCAGCAAGCAUUUAUAUUUCAUAUCAUCAUUAGAUGAUUAGAACGAAGCCAAAGUUUUAGCGAGGUACUCUGAGAAUCUUCCUUGUGUAAUGGCGAGAUAGAGGUGACAUCCUCUGACCAAGCUCCCCCCUCAUAAUCUCGAGCAUGUGCAGGCCGCCACCUACUCAAUUCCCCUCAAUUAAACUAAACCGAGAAGCAAAAUGUGACAGCCCUUUAAAUCACAAGGGGCACAUGGUGCCGAGGGACUGCUACUACUGCAACAGCUCAUCUUCAGAGACACAAGAGGCACAAGAACAAGCCUGAAGAAGGAAGACGACGGCGACGGUGGCGGCGAUGGGGUGCCGGUCCUGCGAGAAGCCCAAGAUGAACUACAGGAAGGGGCUGUGGUCACCUGAGGAGGACCAGAGGCUGAGGGACUACAUCCUCAAGCAUGGCCUUGGCUGCUGGAGUGCUGUCCCUGCAAAGGCUGGUCUUCAGAGAAACGGCAAGAGCUGCCGCUUGCGUUGGAUCAACUACUUGCGGCCCGGAUUGAAGCGUGGAAUGUUCUCUCAGGAGGAGGAAGACGUCGUCAUCAACCUUCAGGCCAAACUGGGCAACAAGUGGUCUCAGAUUGCGAUGCAUCUACCCGGGAGGACCGACAACGAGGUGAAGAACUACUGGAACUCGUACCUGAAGAAGAGGGUGAUGCAGGCCCAGGGCGGCUCCAACCCCAAGAGCCCACCCGAGCUCACCUCCAUGAGCACCACCGAGCCAGCCAUGUCCAUGUCCAUGCCCCAUCAUCACCACGUCAAGAACAGCAGCGGCGGCAGCACCACCACGUCGCACGACCAGGACGCCACCAACAUCAGCAGCAAUGGCGGCGGCAGCCAUGGCCUCUCAGCCCCUGCGCCUCUGCUGACGGCCCAGCAGCCUUUCGAUCACCAGGCCCAGCAGCAGCCCAAGAACUUCGUCUUCUCCGACUGGGGGGUGCCGGCGCCGGCGCCGGCGCCGGAGAGUUACUCCGUGUCCGCGCACUGGCCCGCCUCCACGGCGAGCUCCGGCAACGUGACGCCGUCGCACGGCGGCGCCUUCGGGGACCGGAUGAGCGGCAGCUACGGUGCGCUGCCGCUGCACCAGGACCACCAGAUCGGCGCUGCCGCCGCCGGCCAUGGCGCGGCCACCGGAAUUGCAGGCAGCGGGUACUUCGAUCUGCUCAACAUGGGGGACAUCUACGGCGGGUUCAGCUCGACGAACGAUGAUCUGCUCUUCUGAUGAACUGAUGGUGUUGGUGGGAGGUGCAAUGUGAACAGUGUUUUGUGUCGUGCAUGUGUAAGCAUGAAAUGCCGCGGUAUACUUGUUCGAUUUGAUUCUUCUUCUUUUGUCAGAAAUUAAUUGUGAUGUAGAGAGCACACCCUAGGCUGGACAUAAUUCUUUGGUUUCUUUUCUACAAUAAAAAUGCGUAUCAAUCUGUUUGUGCAA